UGUCAAAAAAAGAAAAAUCAGAAUAUAUUGAGGGGAAGUAAUAAAAGGUUCUUGGGGAGCAGUCAGUAAACAAUCCCCACACACUUGUGUGUACCUCACUCCUACCAAGCCACUUUCCAUCUCAAAGCCAUGGCCUGGCUUCACCUGCACACGCCCACAGAACUGAAAGUGCUUACAAGUUUGUACCCCUCCAGACUGACUUUAGCCAGUGACUCACUGGUGCAGGAGUAUGAAAGCCCAGUUAACUUUCUGAACAAACUCAGAUAUCAUUUUGCUCCAGAGCUCUACUGCAAGAUCAGGCAAAGACUGGGACUUGGUUUAAAGGUGCUCCCCAGGCCGGGCACUGUGGCUCACACCUGUAAUCUCACCCAGCACUUUGGGAGGACAAGAUGAGCGGAUCGCUGGAGCCCAGGAGUUUUGUCAGAGGUGGGUAAACCACAGCAACUCCAUCUUAAAUAGAAGCUGGUAAAAUAAGACUGAAACCCAGAUGGUGUAGGCAUUUUAAGUCACCGGAUGAGAGAGGAGUUCAGCACAAAAUACAGAUCAUAAAGACCUUGCUGAUAGAACAGUUUGCCGCAAAGGAGCCGGCCAAAGCCCACCAAAACCAAAAUGGCGAUGAGAGUGACCUCUGGUUGUUCUCACUGCUACACUCCCGCCGGGGCGAUUACAGCUUACAAAUGCCAUGGCAACGUCAGGAAGUUAACCUGUAUGAUCUAAUAAGGAAGAGGCAUGAAUAAUCCACCCCUCAUUUAGCAUAUCAUCAAGAAAUAACCAUAAAAAUAGGCAACCAGCAGCCCUCAGGGCUGCUCUAUGCAGUAGGCAUUCUUUUAUUCCUUUACUUUCUUGAUAAACUUGCUUUCACUUUGCCCUGUGGACUCGCCCUGAAUUCUUUCUUGCGCAAGAGCCAAGAACCCUCUGUUGGGGUCUGGAUCGGGACCCCUUUCCUGUAACAUAUUUCUCUGUCCUGUAACAUAUUUCUGGCUACCACAGAAGGAACAAUCGUGCAGAAACUCUGACCCAGCAGCUACCUUUGGGUAAGUAUUGGAGUCUUCUAACAUAUUUCUGGUGAACCAUGGGACAAUACUGGAGAUACCUACUCCAACCCAAAGGAAAUAGACUGUUGCACCGACUGGAAGACUUUGGGUAAGUGGUGGGUAAAGAAUGGGAUUGGGUUAGAGGCCCAACUUAGCGGAGUUAGAGUCUCUCCUAAGACAGAAUGGGUUAAAGGCUCCUCUUAAUAAAAGGCAAGCAUGCUUGACCGGCCUCGGGUUAGAAGCCCAACUUAGGAGAGUUAGAGCCCCUUCUAAGAUUUAGGGGGUUAGAGGCCCCUCUGGGGAAAGUCCCUCUAGGCUAAGAACAGGUUGGGCACUAUAGGAUGUUAACUGCCAUUCUCUUUGGAUUAAUCUUCCUUGCACUUUGCUAUGGGUGAGAGGAUUAGGCAUGUUCAGGAUCAUGGAACAUGGGAAGCUUUUGCCUCCCUAGAAGGGGAAACUUAAAGCUGGUAGGAUUGCUGGAAAAGAUUCUUGCUCAACUGACAGUAGCCACCUAAACUUUUCAGUGUCGCUGCAAUGGGUGGGUCUUUCUCUGGCCUCCCUGAUCAGAUCACCUUCCCCGCCCUCCCACAGACAAUGCUCUUCUCUCUCUCCUUUCUCUUUCUUAACUUUUCUAUUACUAAGGGCGUCUAUCUUGCCCAGAAACCAGGUGUUGAAACUCCUAGUCAGAGGUUGGAUUAAAGAUGAUGAGGCCCAUCUGAGGGCAAAUUUAAUUAAGCCUUGCCAGUUUGAUAUUGGGUGCUAAGCAGAGUGGCUAAUGUCUAUGUUUUAUCAUGUGUAUUUUGCUCUGGCCAGAACAAAAAAUGCUUUUCCUUUAUGAUGUGGCUUGGCCCCCAAGGGGGAUGGUGCCACAAGCAGGAUCACUAGGGCCACUCAGGGAAAGGGAACCCAGAAGCCUGGCAUGCUGGCAAAAGGGCAAGACUUUCUUACCAGUCAGAUUUCUGGCUUCUCUCUCUCUGUACAAACAGUUGAAUGAAUGGGGGAAAAAAAUCAGUGUUUAUUUCCUCUGUAAAGUUUUGAUUAAUGCAAAAAAGAAUUCUAAGACUAGUCAGGCUGGUGUAUUUUGUGCUAUGAAUUCAUUUUUCUGUGUCGAGGGGUACUUUAGGAUAAAACAUGGGCUUAGAACACCUGUGAGCCCACUUUUCAAGAUGAACUAGCAUGCUGGUCAGCAACAAACUUGGCCAUAGGUCCCUGAAACAAAAAAAAAAAAACAGAUGAAGUCUCCACCUUGUUUUAUGUCGUUGGGCGCCUGACCUUUUAGCCACAUGGUGGUACCUUCUCUUGGUCUCUGCCUUCCAGGGAACAGGAAUUUUAGGGUUCAUGUUAUAGUUAGCUCUAAAAAUCAUAUUAAAUAGGCAUAGAGUGCACCAAGAUGGCUGCCCCCGUGGAUCUUGAGUUGAAGAAGGCCUUCACAGAGCUUCAAGCCAAAGUUAUAGACAUUCAAAAGAAGGUGAAGCUCGCAGACAUACAGACUGAACAUCUAAUCAGAAUGAAAAAGCAUGCACAUCUUACAGAGAUUAUGCCUUUGGUAGACGAGACUAACAUGUACGAAGGUGUAGGAAGAAUGUUCGUUCUUCAGUCGAAGGAAGCAAUUCACAACCAACUGUUAGAGCAGAAAAUAGCAGAAGAAAAAAUUAAAGAACUAGAAUAGAAAAAGUCCUACCUGGAGCAGAGCGUUAAGGAAGCUGAGGACAACAUCCGGGAGAUGCUGAUGGGCACGAAGGGCCCAGUAGGGAGCCUCUUGGGGCAGCUUUUCCUCCUGCUCCUCCCAUUCCUGGUGAGGGCAGAGGAGUCUCUGCAGGGAAGCAGCUUCUCCUCUACCCCGAAGGACACUAUCUGGAUGGCCUCGCAACGUCACAUUUUCUGCGUCACCCUGAGCCCCUUUUGCUUCCCAGCCCUGGAGUUUUUACCCUGGCUUUGCCUGCCACCUCUGCCCAGGACACUCUUCCCUCGGGGUGUGUGAUGAACUUCUAGGAGAGGAAAGAUGGGAGCCAGGGCAGAUAGGAAGCUCUGUCUGAGCUUUCCACUAGGCACGCCAGCCAGACCAAUAAAAAGUGUCAGUCCCA